CUCUUCGGCUCCGACAUGGAAGAUGGACCUUCUAAUAAUGCGAGCUGCUUCCGAAGGCUGACCGAGUGUUUCCUGAGCCCCAGUUUGACAGAUGAAAAAGUGAAGGCAUAUCUUUCUCUUCACCCCCAGGUAUUAGAUGAAUUUGUGUCUGAAAGUGUUAGUACAGAGACUGUGGAAAAAUGGCUGAAGAGGAAAAACAACAAAUCAGAAGAUGAAUCAGCUCCUAAGGAAGUCAGCAGGUACCAAGAUACAAAUAUGCAGGGAGUUGUGUAUGAAUUAAACAGCUAUAUAGAACAACGGCUGGACACAGGAGGAGACAACCAGCUACUUCUCUAUGAACUGAGCAGCAUUAUUAAAAUAGCCACAAAUGCUGACGGAUUUGCACUGUACUUCCUUGGAGAAUGUAAUAAUAGCUUGUGCAUCUUCACACCACCUGGAGUAAAGGAAGGGAGACCCCGACUCAUCCCUGCCGGGCCCAUCACCCAGGGCACCACUGUCUCUGCCUAUGUGGCCAAGUCCAGGAAAACCCUGCUUGUGGAAGACAUCCUUGGGGAUGAACGAUUUCCAAGAGGAACUGGACUAGAAUCGGGGACUCGCAUCCAAUCUGUCCUUUGCUUGCCUAUUGUCACUGCCAUUGGUGACUUGAUUGGCAUUCUCGAGCUGUAUCGGCACUGGGGCAAAGACGCCUUCUGCCUCAGUCACCAGGAGGUUGCGACAGCAAAUCUUGCCUGGGCUUCAGUAGCAAUACAUCAGGUGCAGGUAUGCAGAGGCCUUGCCAAACAGACAGAAUUGAAUGACUUUCUGCUGGAUGUAUCAAAAACAUAUUUUGAUAACAUAGUCGCAAUAGAUUCUCUACUUGAACACAUAAUGAUAUAUGCAAAAAACCUGGUGAAUGCCGAUCGUUGUGCACUUUUCCAGGUAGACCACAAGAACAAGGAGUUAUAUUCAGACCUUUUUGAUAUUGGAGAGGAAAAGGAAGGGAAACCUGUCUUCAAGAAGACCAAAGAGAUAAGAUUUUCAAUUGAGAAAGGAAUCGCUGGUCAAGUGGCAAGAACAGGAGAAGUCCUGAACAUUCCGGAUGCCUAUGCAGACCCGCGCUUCAACAGGGAAGUGGACUUGUACACGGGCUACACCACCCGCAACAUCCUGUGCAUGCCCAUCGUGAGCCGCGGCAGCGUGAUCGGCGUGGUGCAGAUGGUGAACAAGAUCAGUGGCAGCGCCUUCUCCAAAACUGACGAGAACAACUUCAAAAUGUUUGCUGUCUUCUGUGCUUUAGCCUUACACUGUGCUAAUAUGUAUCACAGGAUCCGUCACUCCGAGUGCAUUUACCGGGUAACCAUGGAAAAGCUGUCCUAUCACAGCAUCUGCACCGCCGAGGAGUGGCAAGGCCUCAUGCACUUCACCCUCCCCCUGCGCCUCUGCAAGGAGAUUGAGCUAUUCCACUUUGACAUCGGUCCUUUUGAAAACAUGUGGCCUGGAAUUUUUGUCUAUAUGGUUCAUCGGUCCUGUGGGACAACCUGCUUUGAUCUUGAAAAGUUGUGUCGCUUUAUUAUGUCUGUGAAGAAGAACUACCGCCGAGUCCCGUACCACAACUGGAAGCACGCGGUCACGGUGGCACACUGCAUGUACGCCAUCCUGCAGAGCACCCAAGAGCUGUUCACAGACCUGGAGCGCAAAGGACUGCUGAUCGCGUGUCUGUGUCAUGACCUGGACCACAGGGGCUUCAGUAACAGCUACCUGCAGAAGUUCGACCACCCUCUGGCAGCCCUCUACUCCACCUCCACCAUGGAGCAGCACCACUUCUCCCAAACCGUGUCCAUCUUGCAGUUGGAGGGACAUAACAUCUUCUCCACUCUGAGCUCCAGCGAGUAUGAGCAGGUCCUGGAGAUCAUCCGCAAAGCCAUCAUCGCCACAGACCUGGCUCUGUACUUCGGGAAUAGGAAGCAGCUGGAAGAGAUGUACCAGUCCGGACUGCUAAACCUGAAUAACCAAUCACACAGAGACCGUGUUAUUGGUUUGAUGAUGACUGCCUGUGACCUGUGUUCUGUGACGAAACUGUGGCCAGUUACAAAAUUGACAGCAAAUGAUAUAUAUGCAGAAUUCUGGGCUGAGGGUGAUGAAAUGAAGAAGUUAGGGAUACAACCUAUUCCCAUGAUGGACAGAGACAAGAGCGAUGAAGUCCCACAAGGCCAGCUUGGAUUCUACAACGCUGUAGCCAUUCCCUGCUACACCACCCUGACCCAGAUCCUCCCUCCCACGGAGCCCCUCCUCAAAGCAUGCAGGGAUAACCUCCAGCAGUGGGAGAAGGUGAUCCGAGGGGAGGAGAGUGCCGUGUGGAUCUCAGCCCUGCCUACGGCCCAGGGGGCCUCCGAGAAGCCUCCAGGGAAGAGCGACCACUGA